UCUCCGCGCUCCGGCUUCCAGCGCGUCCUCGCCCCGGACCCUGGCCACCCCGCCUGGACCCCGCAGCAAAAUGAUGCUCCAGCACCCAGGCCUAGUGGCAGCCUCGGAAGUCAGUGCAUCGGCCCUAGUCCCCUGUCUUUCACCACCUGGCUCACUGGGGUUUGAGGACUUUGCCAACCUGACACCAUUUGUCAAGGAGGAGCUGAGAGCUGCCAUCCAAGGCAAGCAGCGGCUGUGCCAGCAGGUGACCAGCACACUUGGCCCAGGCACCAUGGGUAGCACCCGGCCCUUUGACAUGCUGCUCCACACAGAUGAGGUAGCUCCAGAAGAAGACGAGAGGAAAAAGAGGCGGAGAGAGAGGAAUAAGAUUGCAGCUGCCAAGUGCCGGAACAAGAAGAAGGAGAAGACAGAGUGUCUGCAGAAGGAGUCGGAGAAGCUGGAACAUGUGAAUGCGGAACUGAAGGCACAAAUUGAGGAACUGCGGAGCGAGAAGCAGCAGCUCAUGUACCUGCUCAAUCUGCACCGGCCCACCUGCAUAGUGCGAGCCCAACACGGGCGCUCACCAGACGCUGAGCACAGCAUCUUCCUGCAGCGCCUCCAAGAGGGCACACUGCACAGCUAGAGCCACCAUGGGCCUCAGACUGCCAGAUCCUACUUCUCCUGCAGCUGCCUGAUCUGGCCUUCACACAUGGCUUGGACCCCAGCAGCCCCAGGAGGGCUCAGCAAGUGGCCUGACUCCAAGUUGCAGGCCUUGCCUUAGCGGCCACUCCCCAAUUCCAGGGAGUUUCACAGAGCCGGCAAUGUGCCAGGAUACUUGCACAGGGGGAGGACCAUGGGUGUGAGGAUGGAGUCUCCCAUGCCGCAGGCCGGCCUGGCUGAGCUACUGCCCAUGUGGCCCCGUGUGCUCGGGGCUCUGUACCCUGUGUUCAGCCAGAAGCCUCAGCUGGCCACAGGCCUACGUGGUUGAGACUUUUGCCAGCAGGUGGCCCUCCCAGGUUCAGUUCUCCUGGAUGAGUCACUGUGGGCUAAGGGCCCUGAGUUUGUUCUGGGCCUGACGAUCUCACAAGCAAUCCAGUCUGUUUCCAGUGGUCCGAGCCCCGCCCUGGGAAAAGCCUCAGUGGUGGCCGAUCCUGACUGGGCAGACUGCUUGGCCACAGUCAAAAUCCUCAAUGUCUCGCCCCAUGCAACGAAGCCAUCUUGGUUUUCUGCCCCUUAUUUAUCUCAGUUCUCCUGACUUGCCGUGAUAAUAAAUUACGGGGCCAAGACAUAGUGGGGCUCCUUACACAGCCA